UUUCUGUUUCAGCAACUGCUUUCUUUGCUAGCGUUUCAGUUUGCACCAAACUUACUGGCUGCUGCUUAAGGGUAGUAUGCGACUGGGGCUGUCUGAGCCAUGAAGAGCUUCGGCAUUGCUAUCCUCUUUGGGACUGUGGCAGCCUGGGCUACAGCGGACAAGCCUCUAGUACAGACAAAUGAGGCUGGAUUUCAGCAAUGCAAGGAUGCCUUGAAACUCCCUGUCCUGGAAGUCCUACCUGGAGGAGGCUGGGAUAAUCUGAGGAAUGUGGACAUGGGUCGGGUGAUAGGUUUGACUUACACCAACUGCAGGACCACAGAGGAUGGACAGUACAUCAUCCCUGAUGAAAUCUUCACCAUUGCUCAGAAACAGAGCAACCUGGAGAUGAACUCAGAAAUCCUGGAAUCCUGGAUGAACUACCAGAGCAGCACUUCCUACUCCAUCAACACAGAGCUCUCUCUUUUUUCCAAAGUCAAUGGCAAGUUCUCCUCUGAGUUCCAGAGGAUGAAGACACUUCAGGUGAAGGAUCAUGCUAUCACCACCCGGGUUCAGGUCAGAAACCUGGUCUACACCGUCAGAAUCAACACUGCUUCAGAACUGAGCUGGGGGUUUAAGAAGGAGCUCAUGGACAUCUCUGACCGUCUAGAGAACAAUCAGACAAGGAUGGCCACCUACCUGGCAGAACUCUUGGUCCUUAACUAUGGCACCCAUGUCAUCACCAGCUUGGACGCUGGGGCUGCUCUUAUCCAGGAGGACCACAUCAAGUCCUCCUUCCUCGAGGACAACCAGAACAGUCGUGCCACCAUGACUGCCUCCGCUGGAGCUGCGUUCCAAAACAUCUUGAACUUCAAAUUUGAGGAGAACUACACUUCCCAGAAUGGCUUCACCAAGAGCUACCUCUCCAACCGAACCAACUCCAGGGUGGAGAGCCUCGGAGGGGUACCUUUUUACCCCGGUAUCACCCUCCAGGCCUGGCAGCAAAGCAUCUCCAACCACCUGGUGGCUGUGGACCGUGCUGGUUUGCCCCUGUAUUUCUUCAUCAAGCCGGAUAUGCUGCCUGACUUGCCAGGCCCCUUGGUGAAGAAGCUGUCUAAGACAGUGGAAACGGCUGUGAGACGUUACUAUGCAUUCAACACUUACCCUGGCUGCACAGAUGUUGAUUCACCCAACUUCAAUUUCCAGGCCAAUAUGGAUGACGGCUCCUGCGAAGGGAAAAUGACCAACUUCUCCUUUGGUGGGGUUUACCAGGAAUGCACGCAGCUCUCGGGGAGCGACGCUGUUCUCCUCUGCCAACACCUGGAGCAGAAGAAUCCACUGACUGGUGAUUUCUCCUGCCCCUCUGGCUUCUCCCCAGUCCAUCUUCUGUCCCAGAUCCAAGAGGAGGGUUACAACCAGCUGGAGUGUCAGCGGAAGUGCACGCUCCUCAUCUUCUGCAGGAGAGUGUGUGAAGAUGUUUUCCGGGUGGCAAGGGCUGAAUUCCGAGCUUUUUGGUGUGUGUCCAGUGGCCAAGUACCCGAAAACUCAGGACUACUCUUUGGGGGCCUCUUCAGUAGUAAAAGCAUCAACCCCAUGACCAAUGCACAGUCAUGCCCAGCUAGCUAUUACCCACUGAGCCUCUUUGGAAACCUCAAGGUGUGUGUUUCUCAGGACUAUGAGCUGGGAUACAGGUUUCUGGUCCCCUUUGGAGGGUUCUUCAGUUGCAUCGUCGGAAACCCCUUAGCAGAUUCUACAACCUCCAGGGAUACAGGCGCACCUUCUCUGAAAAAGUGUCCUGGGGGCUUCAGCCAACACCUAGCCCUCAUCAGUGAUGGGUGCCAAGUGUCCUACUGUGUCAAAGCCGGGAUCUUUACGGGAGGACCUCUGCCCCCCGCCAGGCUCCCGCCUUACACACAGCCACCCCUCAUGAGUCAGGCUGCCACCAACACCGUCAUAGUGACCAAUACUGAGAAUGCCAGAUCCUGGAUCAAAGACACCCAGACUCAUCAGUGGCGGCUGGGAGAGCCUUUGGAACUGCGUAGGGCCAUGAAGGUUGUUCAUGGGGACAAUAACGGUCUGUCAGGAGGGGCAGCAGCUGGGGUCACAUUUGGGGUCACCACCUUCUUGGCAGCUGUCAUCGCCCUGGCUGUCUAUGGCAGCCGGAAGUACAAGAAGAAGGAAUACCGAGCAAUAGACAACGAGAGAGAGAGUCUAGUUCCAGACAUCACGGUGACUGGAGACACCCAUGCCAGAGGACAAGAGCAGAGCCCAGCUUAAACUUCUCCAGGAAAAUGAUUUCUCUCUUCUGCAACUAGAGCUUCAAGCAUAUCUUUCAUGACUUCCAUCUCUAUUUCUGCCCUGCUAAGUACAGGAGAGGCAAGUGCAACCAAAGCAGGUAUAAUUUUGUUACCUCUUGUUCAGAUAUCUGUGCCAGCAAAUUAAUGAAGCCACAUGGAAAGGCUGGGGGUGGGAAGAGGGAGUUAUUGUGGUUUUUUGAGCAAAAUCUAUGCUGGGAACUAACCCAUGAAGGGGGGGAAUCCCUUUCCAGGUGUGUGUGUGUCAUCAGUGAUGCAUGUGUGUAAAAAGAGAGGGGGAUGUUGAUAUUUGAAUUUGGAAACUGUACUUUUAAUCUGAGGUCUGCAGUUUUCAAUUUAUGAGCUGCAAGAAUUUUGGCUUUUAAGUACUCCCCUCUCUCUAUUUUGCUUUCUCCCAACUGUCUGACAAUGAAGACUUGCUUAGACCAGACCACUCAAAAAAACUUCUCACUUCUGUCAUCAGAUCCUCAGAAAAUAUUUUAACACAUCAAUUUCCAUUAAGAGGGCAAAGAGGACAGAUGAUUGGAUGACAAGGAGUAAGCAGAGAAAGUGAAAACAUGGGAAAGAUUCUGCUGCUCAGGGGAAGUUGGAAGUCUUACCCUCAGCCAGCUAAUUGAUUUCUUCCUUUUAGCUCAUCAUAAAGGGGCACCAAGAAGAGACAGAGCUGGAUAGAUCAAGCAUUACAGUGUCAUGUUCUUUCCUCUUCCAUGCAUGGCCCCUACCUUCCCUAUCUUCCUCUCACAUGCACUUACACACACACACACACACACACACACACAAAUAAGCAAACAUCUAAAGAUUACUGUUACUUCCUCCCUAAAGUCAAAGCAGAGUAGAAAGCACCAGUAGGGCACCUACCUUUUCUUUUACCAGCAGAAAGGGGGUUGACAUGGUCAAGUCCACAUUUUUAAAUGAAUUGAAAAAGACAUCUAGCAUCACUCACUUCAGUUCCAAGCUGACUUCCCUGGGGCAUCUAGCAGAAUGCAUGACUGUUACCCAGCAAUAUUGGGGGCUUUGCUCAAUUUAGCUCACAUAAUUGUUAAUUAGCUCCACAUAAUUCAUGUUCCUCCACAACAGUUAAAAAAUUUGUAUAUUUACUUACCAAAUCAAGUGUCAUUAGUGAACUCGUGUCCCUGGAGGAUAAUUUGUUCUUUUUUUGUUAAUGCUUGCAAUUAAGGUCUAGGGCUUACUCUUUCUCUUCCAACUCAGAUACAGAGAAAUGCAGAAUGGAAUUUGAGCCCCGCUCUCCAGGUUGCACAGCCAAGGACUCUGAUUUCUACAACCUGAGCAUUUAAUUCUGCCUGAUAAGCACUCACAUGUUCUAAACCUCUGGGUGUUCUGUGGGUUCUGGGUGUUGUGUAUGUUGCAAACAAGCUAACCACUUUUUGGCAAUUACUGACUUUCCAGUGGCUUCUUUGAAGAUUACUGGGUAUAACCAAAGAUUCCCAGACCUUUAAUGUAAUAACUAUCCACUGAAAAGAACAGUUCUUCACACACUCACAUUUUUACUAACCAAGCUGCAUAGCAACAUGAACUAAAAUAUGUACCAGGGAACACUCUGACUGUUCAUCCCUAUGAAACCAACAUUCACCAUAUCAUUCUGCAAAGUCAGAGCUUGAGGGAGAGUUCAGAACCUCUGCUUUCAAGUCCUGGUGGUCUUGGGCAGGAUCUGUGGAAAGAUCCAUCCUGGCUUCCAAGAAAACCACAUCUGGUGAGCUAUGAAAAGUGGAGACAAAUUCGGAAUGAUAAAGGUGGCUCUACAUAUGCAUUUUACUUUUAUGUUCUCACUAGUCUCAGGGUGAUUAUUACUAAACAUUUAUUUGAAAACAACAAUACACUAUGAGUGAUUGAAUCAUAUAUUAUCUUGUGUUCAGGUGAAGGGACCCUUAAAAAGUAAAUGUUUGGGGCAGCAGGUUAAGUGCUAUCUGUGAUGCGGACAUCCGAUAUUGGGGGGAGGGGGAGCAUUUCAAGUUCUGGCUGCUCCACUUCUGAUCCAGCUCCCUGCUAAUGUGCCUGAGAAAGCAGCAGAAGAUGGCUCAAGGACUUGGGCCCCUGCCACCCACGAGGGACAUCUGGAUGGAGUUCCAGGCUCCUGGCUUUGGCUUGGUUCUGCCCUGGACGUUGUGGCCCUUUGUGAGGUGACCACAUGGAUGGAAGAUAUCUGUCUCCCUUCUCUUUGUCAAAUCUGCCUUUCAAAUAAAUAUUUUUUAAACAA